AUGUCAAAAAACAAUAAUAACAGCCCCAAUUUUGGCUCGGGAGGCACCGGUGUACAUCAGCAUCACAAUAACAACAUCAACGGUGUUGAAAACAUUCAAUUCAGUGAACAGGUGGACAAGGCUCUAGAGGAAGUACUCCCACACAAGGAUCCCUUCGAUACAAGUCUUUUUGAUCCCAUUGUGUAUAUCAAUACAAAUUUUCCAAACGAACAAGCAUUGAACGAAAAACUUGAAUCCUAUAUCAUCAAAGUGAAAAAGAAGAUUCAACGUGUGGAUGAAGAUAUUUUAGCUGCUGUUCGUAAACAAAGCUCUGCCGGUGUUCAAGCAAGAAAAGAUUUGGAGGAAGCUCGAGAGACCAUUCAAAGUCUAUUCAAAAAGAUUCAUGAAAUUAAAUCAAAGGCAGAACAAUCCGAACAAAUGGUACAAAAUAUCACAAAAGAUAUCAAAUCACUCGAUUAUGGAAAAAGAAAUCUCACGGUAACAAUCACAACUCUCAAAAGACUUCACAUGUUGGUGUCGGCGGUGGAUAAACUCACUCUCUAUACCCAAAAGAAACAGUACAAACAAGUGGCCGAGCUUAUGGAAGCUGUUAAUGAAUUACUUCAAAGCUUUGAAAAGUAUAGAAACAGCAUUCCUAAAGUUCAAAACUUGUUUACUCGUUUUGAAAGUGUGAAAAAAACACUUAGGGAUCAACUUUUCCAAGAUUUUAAAAGUUUGGAUGCACACAAGAAUUCUGGACGUGAAAAUGUACAACAAUUACUCUCAGAGGCGUGUUUAGCGGUUGACUCUCUUGGAGAUGCAGUGAGAACUGAACUCAUUUCACAAUUUGUUAAAUCGAGGGCUCUCCAUGUUUAUGACAUGACUUUCAGAGAAGGCAAGGAGGAAAGUAAAUUGGAAAGAAUUGCCGAUCGUUACAAGUGGUUACUCAAAGUGUUAAAAACCUACCAAGAACAAUUUGGAGAUAUUUUUCCUGAUUACUGGUGCGUUCCACAGGAAAUUACUAUUGAAUUCAGUUUAAUGACAAGAGAGGCCAUUGUUAGAAUGCUUCAAAACGGCAAAGACCUCUCUGGUAAAACCCUAUACUCGGUUAUUCUUUCAACGAUCAAGUUUGAACGUGAUAUGCAAGAACGAUUCUAUGAUCCAGAUGAAGCAGAAAUUCUUGUCGACAUCCAACAACAAAAGAAGAUGUUAGAACAAGAAGAAAAGGCAUUGAAAGAGCAAUCCAUGAAAGUUGAAAAGGGAAGCCCAGAGUCCGAUGAAAUCCUUAAAAAACAAAUCAAAAUUACUCUCAAACGUCGAGAACUUGAAAAACAAGAGCAAGAAUUUACGAAAACUUCUAGUUUAGAUUCUCUACUGAAGGGAGGUGCAGAGGGAGCAAUUGCAGCAGAAAAACAAAAGAAGAAACCAAAAUUCAAGUUUAAUUUAAUUGGUUUUAUUAGUAGCUGUUUUGAGGAAUACAUGAAUGUCUACAUUGAAUAUGAAGAAGAAUCUAUGCGAGAAACACUUGCUAAAAUCAUUCAAAAAGAGACUUGGGACAUGAAUAGCGAAUAUAGCAGUAGUCAAGAUCUCUUCAUGUACAUUGUAGAAUCUAUGAAAUCCUGUAGUGCACUUUCCAAGAAGAGAACUCUAUUUGAAUUGGUAGAAAAAGUCUUUAAGAAAUAUCUCAACAAUUAUGCCGACAUUCUGAUGAACAAACUACCCAAGAUACAAUCCAUUGCACAACCAACUACGGCCGCUACAACUGGAACAUCGGCAACUUCUGGCGCCGCGUCACAAGGUACCACUACUUCAUUAAUGAGUCGUCUGGGUAUGGGAAAUAUCUUGAACGCUAAUGAAAUAAUUACAACGGAUAAGAAGGCUAAGCUCACCGAGAAGGAGGAGAUGUUUGUUUUCUAUAUUAUUAAUAGUGCUGAUUACUGUCAGCAAAAUAUUGAAAUGGUUGAAGAAGAGUUGAGAGAAACUCUUCAAGAACCAUACUGCGACCAAGUGGAUUUGUCAGAUGAGCAAGGUAAAUUUUACCUUGUUCUCAAGAGUGGUGUUGAGGUACUUGUAAAUAACCUUAUGAAUGUUAUGGAGAAACAAUUUAAUGAAAUGAUGUCCAUUUCAUGGGCUCAUGUGGACACUGUAGGAGAUCAAUCCAAUCACAUUUCUGUGAUUAUGCAAACUCUCAAAGAUGCCAUCCCAUUCUUGGCAAGAUUCCUUCCAACCACACAUUUCAAAUUCUUUUGUGACAACUUUAUUCUAUCCUUCAUGUCCACAUUGACAUCAUGUAUUUACAAGUGUAAAAAAUUCUCGCCAAUGGGAGCCCAACAAAUGCUGUACGAUGUUAGUUGCCUGACCAAGUUUUGCUUGAGAGAAUUGAUCAUUAUAGGAGAUACGAAUAGAUUCGAUAAGGAUGAUGUUGCUAGUUUUUCAAAGAAGGUUGAUGUUAAGGCUCAAAAAAUUGAAUGUAUUUUACGUACCAUAGUGCAACCUAAUGAUUUUAUGGUAGGAACUUAUUUGCAAUAUGCAGGAUCUGAUCACAGUAGUGCUGAACUCACAAAGAUUUUAGAGUUGAAAGAGUUACAGAAGAAUGAAAAGCAACAAAUACUCGAAAGUUAUCAGAAGGAGGUCAAGAAACGACAACAAGGAUCACAAGAACAGAAUAACACAUCCAACAUUAGCAGUAAUAGUAGUACGGCUGCAACACCCUCUUCAACAACACUCGGAAAUGCUACAAAAAAGAUGGAGCAAGUGGUCUCAUCAAGCAUGAGCUUUAUCAAGAAAUUCAACCUGAACAAUUAA